UCUCCCUACGUUUCCUCUCUGACUUUGUGAGUAGGGAAACCCUGAUGGCUAGUCUUAGUUGCACCCCUUACUUCCCCGCAUUGCUGAUGCUGCUCAUGAUGAUAAUGAUGGGCUCAACAAGGGCCGACUACAAUGUGCUGAGUUACGGUGCAAAACCCGAUGGAACUACUGACUCGACCAAGGCCUUCCUCAAGGCGUGGGUAGCCGCUUGCAGCUCUACCAGGGCUGCCACCAUUUACGUGCCAAAAGGGAGGUUCUUGCUCAAGGCGGUGGAGUUCCGGGGGCCUUGCAAGAGUAGGAUCAUCGUCAGGGUUGAUGGCACCUUGGUGGCUCCAUCCAAUUAUCGGGAGCUUGGGAACUCAGGGUACUGGAUCCUCUUCAUCAAGGUCAAUAAUAUUAUGUACCUUGGGGGCAGUCUAGAUGCUCGUGGAGCUGGCUUCUGGGCUUGCCGGAAGUCGGGAAAUAAUUGUCCGCCUGGUGCUAGGUCGCUUACCUUCAACUGGGCGAAUAAUGUUGUAGUAAGUGGGGUAACAUCGAUAAAUAGCCAGGUGACCCACCUGGUGAUAAAUAGCUGCAACAAUGCCGUUGUGAGAAACGUAAAACUGUAUGCUCCGGAUCAGAGCCCGAACACUGAUGGAAUUCAUGUCCAAGGAUCGACUGGGGUGACCAUCUCUGGAAGCACACUUCAGACAGGAGACGACUGCAUCUCCAUUGGCCCUGAUACCAGGAACUUGUUCAUGACCAACAUCAAAUGCGGCCCUGGGCAUGGCAUCAGCAUUGGGAGCCUGGGAAGGGAAACAAAUGAAGGUGGCGUCCAGAAUAUCACACUCACGAAUUCGGUAUUCAGUGGGUCUGACAAUGGGGUGCGCAUAAAGUCAUGGGCAAGGCCGACGACUUCAUUCGUGAGGAACGUCGUCUUCCAAAAUUUGAUCGUGAGGAAUGUCAAGAAUCCCAUCAUCAUCGACCAGAAUUAUUGUCCCAACAACCAAGGUUGUCCAAACCAGAGUUCAGGCGUGAAGAUUAGUGGAGUCACAUACAGGAACAUACGGGGGACAUCGGCUACUCAGAAUGCGGUGAUAUUCAAGUGCAGCACCAGCAACCCUUGCAGCGGGAUCAGACUGCAUGACAUAAAUUUGACAUACAUGAAGAAACCUGCUUCUGCUUCGUGCAGUCACGUCAGCGGCACAAGCACUGGCGUUCGUGUCCCAGAGAGCUGCCUCUAAGAAUAGUAUCAAUAUUUGAAUCAAAUAGUUGGUUUCGAUUAGUAGUUUAGGUGUAGUGCGGAUGCACACCAGAUGGAACUAAGCAAGUUUGUUGAUGCUUAUAUGAAUCCAUGGUUUGAGUGUGCGGUUGAAUGCCACCAAAUAAAGUUGUGUUUGAUUACUCCAAUUAAGUGUUGAAACUCAGCACUUAAUUGGAUUGAGCUUGUUUGAUAAAUAUAAAAUAAAAGUGACUCAACUUAGUGAUUAAAUCAAAAAAGUA